GUAGAUUCUUCCCAUCAUCAAUGGCGAUAAUCAGUCCAGCUACACGUAUCACGCCGCCGCUGAACCGGCCAUUUAACCACCGAUCAACACUCGCUUCCACCUCUAGUAAUUUCCUCUUCCUCAGAAAUCCAACUCCGAUCGUCGCCGUCCGGUGCCAGAAACCUGUUUCCGACGGGGUUAGUUCAAUGGAAUCAACGAAUCAUGCCUCUUCCGUUUCGUCGUCGAUCGAUUUCUUAACGUUGUGCCAUCGGCUCAAGACAACAAAGAGGAAAGGGUGGAUCAAUCAGGGGAUUAAUGGACCUGAAUCAAUUGCUGAUCACAUGUACCGUAUGUCUCUCAUGGCUCUCAUUGCUGCUGAUCUUCCUGGUGUUAACAGAGAAAGGUGUAUUAAAAUGGCAAUUGUGCAUGACAUCGCUGAAGCUAUUGUUGGAGAUAUUACCCCAUCGGAUGGUGUGCCAAAGGAAGAAAAGAGUAGAAGAGAGAAAGCGGCUUUAAAGGAGAUGUGCAAAGUUCUUGGUGGAGGCCUGAGAGCUGAGGAGAUCACAGAACUUUGGCUGGAGUAUGAGAACAACGCUUCUUUAGAGGCAAAUCUUGUAAAAGACUUUGAUAAGGUUGAGAUGAUUCUUCAGGCACUAGAAUAUGAAUCAGAACAUGGGAAAGUGCUGGACGAGUUCUUCAUAUCAACAGCAGGCAAGUUUCAAACCGAGAUUGGGAAGAGCUGGGCAGCUGAGAUCAACGGGAGGAGAAAAUGUCAAUUGACAAACAUACAGAGAUUGUAAUCCAGUUUUCAUCUGAGCUUCUAUCUCCCUCAACUAUCAACAGCAGUUAAGACAGAGAUAGCUUCUAACUGCAGAGCAACUCCUACGCCUUCUCAUUAAGUAUUAGGUACAAGCUUGUGAUGAAGUUUUCAAAUUUGUUGUGCUAGUGCAGCAAACACAAAGGCCUCGGUUUUAGUUUACCUUUUGGUUUCUAGUUAAGUAAUCAUUAUGGUGAAGAUGAAUCUGAAUUCAGAUAUACAUUUUUCGACGAAAAUAGAGCAGGGUUAUUAGUGUUCCAAAUGUACUCACAAACCCCAAUUGAAAACUACAUAUCACAUACUCGUUGUAAAAAAGAAACUUG